CUGAAGACAGCUGACUGUUUACACACACACGAGGGAAAAAAUGGUCCAGGAUUCUUCUUACUGCCCAUAAAUUAAACACAAUAUGUUGUGCGCAAGGUAACUUCCUUAGUCUUUGGAGGAAUACAUGCCAACAUCAGGAACAGAGUGUUCAAUCACUCCGCAAACUUUUUUCCUGCGUAACCAAACUGCCCCAAACUUUCCGAUGGGAUCGCCGUGGAAAAACGCGCAACUGUGAGACUCAAACAUGGAACUGUUCAAAGUCUUUUUAAAGUCAUCCAUCUGCGUCUGGUGCCUGUGUUUACUACCGCCGAAGUUACUUGCGCAGCUGGCUCCAGAGUGCUAUCCGGGUGGAUACAGAACACUGAGGAACGCAUAUCGUAGUGUUGAUUUCGACUCCACUGAACUUCAGAACACAGCGAUACAGGAUCUGAUCUGUGACCAUUCGCUGCCGCCCGGAUGGUACCGAUUUUCCAUAAACAACAAGCCUGCGGAGAUGCCGACCCGCUGCGUUGAGAUGAACCGCUGUGGGACACAGGCUCCAGUGUGGUUGUCUCUAAAGGACAGCUCUCUUCCGAGGCCAGGAGAGGUCAAGCAGCUCUCAGCCUGUGCCACUUGGCAGUUCUUCCAUGGAAGCACCAAAGACUGCUGCCUUUUCCGUAUCCCAAUCUCGGUCCGGAAUUGUGGAGAGUUCCUGCUCUACUUCCUGCAGCCGACACAGGGUUGCAUGGGAUACUGUGCGGAAGUGGCUUCACCAUACACGCCUAAAUCAUGCCCACCUGGAGAAACCAAAGUUAACGGCUUAUGUAAGGCGAACGUCCCCUCACUGCCCUCAAAACCCGUGGUGACCCCAGAGCUGGUCGGCAGCAGCGUCCACCUCCGCUGCUCCUUCACUGGGGUGACGUCCAUGUGGCCGGUGGGGUAUCAGGUGGUGUGGGCCAGAUACUCCUCCAACACCAUGAAGGUGGAGAUCAGACGAGACACGACCAUGAGACUCUACUCACUUGUGGAGAUGGACGGAGUUCAUUUCAGACUGGGAGAAACGUUUUCCUGCAGUGUGUCGACCUUCCUGUUAAACUCCUCCAGCUUGCAGUCGGCGUCUAAAGAAAGCUCUGGGUUUUUUGCGGGAAUUAAGUUUAUUCCAGAUGUCCUGUACAUCCGUGAGGACGCUAAAAAGCAUGUUUUGGCUGUACACAGCACAGUCCCUAUUCCCUGCCAUGGAUUUGAGCACAACCGCCGCUGCAAAGUGACUCUUGCUCUCAGCGUACAUGAAUCAGACAAUGUAGUCAUGGAGGUUUCAAACGUGGCCUUAUCAUCCUGCUCGGUUGAGCUCCUGUCCCAGCCCUGUCGAAACAGCGUCUGUGCUCAGGGUACCGUGACUCUCAGUGCUGUUACUGAUUUCACCCGGGAUGGGAACCGGGUCAGCUUCCUCUCCACUCAGCCCGCCGAAGGCAGCCCUCGCCUCUGGAGAGGUUACAACCCUCCUGCACUGAAGAUCACAGUUCAAGAUGUUCCAACGGCGACCUGUUACUCCCUUACUGACCCUCAUGUCAUUACGUUUGAUGGCAGGCGCUACGAGAACCAGCAAACAGGCACAUUUUUGCUUUAUAAGAGCACAAAGCGUGUAUUCGAGGUCCAUACGAGGCAAUGGGAUUGUGGGAGUCGACAUUACUCUGUGGCGUGUACCUGCGGAGUGGCGGCUCGAGAGGGCAAUGAGGUUGUGACCUUUGACAUGUGCAAUGGGCAGCUGCAGGAAACACGUCCGGAUUUGUCCGUCAAAGCCUUGGGACAAUCUGUGACCAAUCAGAUCAAGAUCCAUGAGACGCAUCAAGGGAAGAAAAUCACGAUCGUUUUUGCCUCAGGGGCGUUUGUGCGAGCAGACGUCAGUGACUGGGGAAUGAGUCUGUCCGUCAGAGCUCCAAGUCAGGACUUUAACGCCACCAGAGGCCUGUGUGGGUUAUUUGACCGGAACAGCCACAACGACCUCCACCAUCCUGCAGGCACAAGCUACCGUGACAAAGACCUAGAGGAAUUCGUUCAGGGCUGGAGGAUUGCGCCUGGGGAGAGCCUGUUUGACAGCACGCCACCUGCCGUGGAUGAGGAGAUAAAGUGGAAUUUCUGUGCUUGUCAAAAGGGAUACAGCCUGUCCCUCCAUUCAGCACGUGCCUCCGAAGGCCUAUUAAACCUGCCUCCCAUCUCUCGCUGCAUAUCUCACGAUGACACAGAUUACACAUCCUUGUUCCCCUUCAAAGAUGCCACUGCCGAGUACGCCGUUAAACCCGUCUCCACCAGUAACGUCCAGAAGCGGGAGGCGUGGGCUGAAGUGUCAGAAUUAGGUGUUAAACUGAAGUCUCAAGUGUCCCAAAGUCUGGCAGAGAACUCUCCUUCUUUAGAGGAGUUAGAAUUAGACUCAUUAUUUAAAGUUGACGCUCCUCGCUUGAACGAAUCUAAGGUGCCCUUACCAAGCUCAGGUGGAAGGCCUAAGAGACAAACCCUUGACUUUUUGCCCGUUUACACCGUCCAGGCCCUAAGCCAGACUGACCUCGAAAGUUUUGCCUACUUCUUUCCAGAUGACCACCGUUCUUCCAGCCGUCCAGCUGCCUACCCUUCCUGGCCGACACCUAGUAGCCUCACUUCUGCCAAAGCUUUGGAGGUCUGCCAACUGGCCUUGGCGAACUCAACCGUGGGCACAGUAUGCAAGAGUCUGCUGGGUCGGCGCCUGGAAGAAGCUGUGGAUCUCUGCAUCCUGGAUCUUCAGUUGAAAGAUGAUUUGGCCUGGGAGGACGCCCUUGUGCCCUUCCUGGAGAACGAAUGUGAGAGGAAGUGGUUGGAGAACCGGACCCAGCGUUCUCAGGAAGCUUCCAGACCGUUGGUGGAUAUCGCAACAGCCCUACGUUGUCCGAAUUUCUGUAACGGGAAUGGGGAAUGUGUAGAGUGGGGAUGUCAGUGCUAUCCGGGCUACAGCUUUUAUGACUGCAGUCUCACUAUCAGUCAGCCAAUAGAAAUCACCGAUCUGGAGAACAGCGGUUUGUGUGACGUACGUGAGUUCGACUGUGACAGCGUGAGGGUUUUUGGGCUGGGUUUCAUCGACACACCUGACCUUUCGUGUCUUGUAACCAAACUAAAGCACAUGAAUGGAGUUUGGAUCCCUGAAGAGGAAGGCAGAACCAAAGCGUCCUUCUUGAGCUCUAAAGCGGUGGACUGCUCCGUCCCGAGACUCAGCAACAUGGCCGUCGACACGAUGGACUUCACGGCCAGCGAGCAGCCCUAUGCCAGAUGGGAGAUUAAGGUGACUAAUGAUGGUCGUCAGUAUAGCGAGGGCAAAUUUUUAACGCUUUAUGACGGUAUUUGCCAGCUGUGUGUGACUGCAUCUGGACUCUGCAAGAUGAAGGAGAGGACAUGUAAUAUAGACGGGAUGUGUUUUGCCGAGGGAGACUCCAGCCCUUCCGUUCCAUGUCUCCUGUGUAACUCCACGGCCUCCAAAUACACCUGGUCCAUUAAUCAAGCUAAUCGUCCACCGACCUUCCACGCGCCGCGGGACGGCCUGCAGACCUUUGUAGGUGAGAACUUUGUGUACCAAUUCACAGCCACGGACCCCGAGGGCUCGGCCCUGCUCUUCCAGCUGGAGACGGGGCCCCCCGGGGCCUCAAUUUCCCCGGCCGGGCUCCUCAUCUGGAAAGUGGAUGAGGAGGAAGCGCGCAGUUUUCAAUUUACUGUGUCUGAUGAGUGUGAUGCCCAGAGCAGAUUUACUGUGGAGGUGAUGGUACUGCCAUGUGGCUGCAUUAACGGAGGGACGUGUGUGACUAACAUCAAGUAUCCAGCGGGCAGCGGCGAGUACCUGUGCGUGUGCCCGGCCGGAAUUCAUGGCGACCUGUGCCAGGAAGAGCAGAACGAAUGCAGCUCCAGCCCGUGUGGAGCAGGAGUGUGUGUAGAUCUGAUCAACGGGUUCCAAUGCCAGUGUCCUGCUGGACUUACAGGUGCCACGUGUCAGGACGAUGUGAAUGAGUGUGAAAGACGUCCAUGUUUUCCUGGCGUCAGGUGUGUGAACGGCUUUGGCUCCUUCAGGUGUGACCCCUGCCCUCGGGGCCUGGAGGGAGAUGGGAUCUCCUGCAAAGCACCAGCAAGAUUGGUCACAUCUCGUCCCAUCACCUCUCACGCUAUCACCUCAUCCGCGCCACCCGCAGUGCGGCCCAUCAGCAAAAUGCCCGUCCCCCUUUCUAAAACGACCUCCACUCAUCUCCCGCCGGAGUCCAACGAAGCUCCAAGCAAGACCUCGGUCAGCAAAGCCACCACCAGCACGAGUCAGAGAACUGGUUUUCCCAAAGGACUAAACGUGACAUCCAAGUGUGCAAGUAGGCCGUGUUUUCCAGGUGUUCAGUGCAUUGACCUCCGGCCACCCUACACUGGCUACGUCUGUGGACGAUGUCCUCCAGGAUACCAGGGCAAUGGGCGCACCUGCACAAAACAAUCAAAGCAAAGCACACCCCGCUACUCACCACAACUGACCCAAGCCAAGAACAACCUACCCCAUGUCUCCCACGGCUUUCCCCAUCUGCACCUCCCCGUCCUUCCAUUCAGGCAACCUCAGAGACGCCUAUCCUCACCAGCGAGGGUCCCACACCAUCAGGUCACCACUCGCAUCCCCCUCCCACCAACCUUUCCACCUGUCACAGGGAAAGGGGAGUUGGUGCUGACUGCAGGACACACACCUGCCUCGACCAACAGCAGGGAUCGACUCCUCUCUCACUCUCACAAUCAACUUAACGUCCUUCCGAGUCCAGAGGAGCGAGAUGCUUCAUUUAAAGUCUCAGCAGGUGGAUUUGCAGGCAUCACACCAGGAAAAGUCACAUUACCUCACACUUCAAGGCAUGUUGAGACACUGAGGAAGUCUCCACAGCAAUCCAGCCUGGUUACAAUUAUCCGACCUCGACCUUGGACACCUCCAGACUCCCAGAAACCCCUAACAGCAGCCCUAACCUCCCUUUCUUUCUCCUUUCCGGAGUCUGAGUUCUCUGCAGAUGGAGGCCUUGGAGCCAGAAUCCAAGACCCCUACGAGACACAACCACUGCCUCAGGAGAGUUUCACCUACCUUGGUGAGCAAAGCCAAACCAAAAUAUUGGACAACCAAGCAACUCUUCAGAAUGGUAGACACCAAAGCAAGAGCAAAAAUGUGGUUCUCUUAGAGGAGAGAAGUUUCACCUGUGCAGAUGUCCCUUGCUUCCCAGGAGUCCACUGUGAGCUUGCAUGGGACGGGCAGCCUAGAUGUGGACGGUGUCCUUUGGGGUAUACUGGAGAUGGGCGAAUGUGCAGAGCCGUGUGCAGACAUGCCUGCGGUAGAAACAUGGAGUGUGCGGCCCCCAACACGUGUCGCUGCAAGAAGGGAUUCAGUGGUCCCAAUUGUGAAACAGCAAUCUGCAGUCCAGCCUGCCUGAACGGAGGGAAAUGUGUGGCCCCAGAUGUAUGUGAUUGCAUGUCAGGUUACCAUGGAGAGGCUUGUGAAAGCGCUCUCUGCAGUUUGCCUUGCCUACACGGAGGCACCUGCGUGGGUCGAGACACCUGCUCAUGUCCCUAUGGCUUCGUAGGGCCCAGAUGUGAAACCAGUUUCAUUUACACAGUGGUGUGCAACCGUCACUGUCAAAACAGCGGGAAGUGUGCAUCACCGGAUGAGUGCGAAUGUCUGGCGGGGUGGACGGGACCAUCGUGCGAGACAGCUCUGUGUGACCCUGUGUGUCUCAACGGUGGAACCUGCAUUCGGCCGGACUCCUGUAGCUGCCAGCCUGGUUUCUAUGGGGCUCGGUGUCAAAACGCCGUGUGCAGUCCACCCUGCAAGAACGGUGGUCACUGUAUACGAAAUAACAUCUGCUCAUGUGUGGAGGGAUAUUCUGGGCCGCACUGUGAGAAAAGUGUGUGUGAGCCAGUGUGUAUGAACGGAGGACGAUGCGUCGGUCCAGAUGUGUGUGACUGCGCGUCAGGCUGGAGGGGAAAGAGAUGUGAUAAACCUGUGUGUCUGCAGAAGUGUUUAAAUGGAGGUGAAUGUGUGGGGUCGAACACCUGCCACUGCCAUCCCGGCUGGAAGGGAACUCUCUGCCAAAUCCCAAUCUGUGAACAGAGGUGUUUAUACGGAAGCCGAUGUGUCCGACCCAAUGUUUGUGCUUGCAGAAGUGGCUACAUGGGAACUCUUUGCUCUAAGAAGCUUCCUGUCCAGAGAGGAUAAGGAAAUGACAUGAGGUGUCAUUGCUGCACUGAGGACACUGGGCCCAUAUUUUACUACUUAUUAACCUGACAGGGUUACACACUAUCUGUUCAAUUUGUAAAUAUCAUAUCUGAAGAUAUUAAUUUAUGUAUAAGGUAUAAUAUAAUGUUUUUUCACGCUUUUGAAACUUUACUAUAUUUGUGAAAACGAUUCAGAACAAAAAUAAAUGGGUGUA